AUGUUUGGGAAAAAGAUCCCGGAUGAGCCCCCAAAUUGUUACGAACCUCCAGUGGAAAGUCCAGGGGAGGAAGAGUCUGCCCGCUCUCUGCACCUUGUACUUGCUCUGGCGCUCCCGCUGAUUGCCAACUGGGAAGAGGAUCCAUUACUUCCGUCUGACGCUCUGAUUGGCUGGAUCAAUGUGUCCUGUCUCCGCAGGAUGUGGUCAUCUCCACCUACCACCUCCGCCACCCCCCCAAACCCUCAGGCGGUGACCUCUGAGCCUCGCCGCGUUUCCAUGGAAACCUACUGGAGAGAAGUGCGGAGCAUUGAGGAGGAGAAGGAGGGACAAGAAGAGGAGGAGGAGGAGGAGGAGAGGAAGAGUAUGGACGAGGUGGAGUUGGAGGAGGCGUGGCUGACGGAGGCGGGGUUAUCCUCCCUGGUGAUGGGCUCAGAUGAGGCAUCGCCACCGCCUGCCGAGGCGCUGCUGUCCACGUUGACACGGCAACAAGCUGCCACGGUGAAGAAAAGGUUGGACAACUACAACGAGACGCUGAAGAUGAGAAAUAGGCAGCCAAUCAGAGACGUCCGGGACAUCUUCACUGAGCCCGACGAUGACUCAGCAGAAAGAGGCCCCUCCCCUCCCUCUCACCGCGCUGAGUCACCACCAAGUCGAUACCACACCACCACCAAAACCAUCCGGCGAAACACUCACAGAGGUACCUGUCUGCUGAUGGAGGAACUGACCUACCAGCACAGUUCUGUCUGUCUGGUCCCUGUCUCCAGCCGUCUCCCUGUUGGUCUUGUCUCUCAGGUCUGGACCCCUGUUUGGUUCUGUUUCACUCUGGAUGCUGCUCUGGCCUUACCCAGUCUUGGUACCUAG